AAAUACCUAAGGCCAUCGACGUGUCGCCAGGUCUCCUUCCUUCGCGCUCACCCAUGGCUCCCCUCACGUCUCUCUUGGUGGGCACUCUCGCUCUCGUGACAUUGGCACUACUUCCAGACAUCAACGCGAGGCAAAUAAACCCUAGCACGGUAAAUGCGAAGAGGCACGAAGCAGCAAGACGCUGGAGCAAGUCGGCACGCCGCGGCGGGCAAGCGAGACGGGCAGAUUCGAAGAACAUCACGUUCACGAACCCCAGGGCGUCUGAGUUCUGGGUCGAUGGGGCGACACUUCCUGAGGUCGAUUUCGACAUCGGCUCGUCGUGGUCCGGGUUAUUGCCGAUCAGCGGCGCGGCGAACGAGACGCGCGAGUUGUUCUUUUGGUUUUUCCCGCCCGGUCCGGAGGGGAGUUUGGAUGACUUGAUAUUUUGGACAAAUGGCGGCCCAGGCUGUUCGUCGCUCGAGGGCGCGUUUCAGGAGAACGGGCCUAUCACUUGGUCCUGGGGCCAAGCCAAGGCCACGCAAAACGAGUUCAGCUGGACCAAUCUCUCUAGUAUUCUAUUUGUUGAGCAACCCAUCGGUACCGGGUUCUCACAGGGCACACCUACCGCGCGCAACGAAGAUGAUGUCGCGGCGCAACUCGUCGGGUUCUUUCAGCAGUUCCUGGAGGUCUUCAGCGAGUUGAAGGGCAAAAAGUUCUAUGUGACUGGCGAAAGCUAUGCCGGGAUGUACGUGCCAUACCUCGCUAACUACAUUUACGAGCAUCCUGGCGAGCUCGACUUACAUCUGCAGGGUUUCUGGGUUUCCGAUCCUGUCCUUGGCUGGGACGUCGUGCAAACCCAAAUCCCGGCGGUGAAAUUCGUACACAAGUACGAAAACGUAUUCGCGUUUAACCAGACGUUCCUCGCGCAGCUCGACUCGAUGGCUGAACAGUGCAACUACGCGGAUUACUUCGAUAAGUUUGUGACUUACCCGCCUACUGGCCUGCUGCCGUUGCCUGGCAGCUCAGUCGAGGCGGACGAUGGCUGCGACGUCUGGGAUGCGAUCUUUGAAGCGGCGCUCCUUGUGAACCCUGCGUUCGACAUCUAUAGAAUUUUCGAUACCUACCCGAUCUUGUGGGACGUCCUAGGGUUUCCAGGCUCGUUUGCCCAGACACAGGUAUCGCCGCUCUAUUUUGAUAGGCUGGAUGUCAAGAAGGCGCUACACGCGCCGACGGACGUGGAGUGGGCAGAGUGCUCUGACGUCAACGUGUUUCCCCGUGGGGAUGCGAGCUUGCCGCCCGCAUUUACGGUGCUUCCGAACGCCAUUGAGAAGAGCAACCGCAGCGUGAUCGUCCACGGUCUGGCCGACUUUAUCUUGAUCGCUGAAGGAACAAGGAUCGUUCUUCAAAAUACGACCUGGGCCGGCAAGCAGGGCUUCCAGACGCCCAUCCAGAACGAUUCUUUCAUCGUUGAUGGCGUCGGCGCGCUUGGGAACAUGCACUCAGAACGCGGGCUGACCUACUUCGAAGUAGCGCUCAGCGGGCACAUGGUCCCACAAUUCUCUCCCAUGGCGGGAAUGCAGAUAAUGCAGUACUUGAUGGGUUUCAGGGAGAGCCCAUAGAAUGGUGAAGUGUUCGUAGGGCUGGAUGUAGUGCAUGUAACAACGUAGUUGCCUUGGUCAUUAUUGAUUGUUCCAAAA